AUGGCCUCAGUCGAUCCCAAGGUAGCCGCCGUGCUAGAUCGCAGCAACCAAUACGACAACUCUGACGACGAAGAUGCCCUCAUUGCUGAGCUCGAAGAAGACGAGUCCUCUCUGGCUGCUUUCCGUGAACAGCGAUUGCUGCAGUUGCACGGCGAAUUGGCCCGCGCAAAGGCCCAGCGCAACUCCGACUACGGUACCUACACCGAGAUCAAGGAUGAGAAGCAGCUCAUGGAUAUUACCACCUCGGCCAAGCUGUGCGUCGUCCACUUCAUGAAGCCCGACUUCAACCGCUGCAGAAUCAUGGACCAAAGACUUGCCGCACUUGCGCCCAAACACUUCGAUACCCGCUUCCUCAGCAUCAACGUCGAGAAUGCCCCUUUCCUCGUCGUCAAACUCAAGAUUCAAGUCUUGCCUUGCGUCCUUUCCUUCAUCGACGGCGUUAGCAGCGAUAGAAUAGUCGGCUUCGAGGGUAUCGGCUACAAGCCGGACUCCUUCACACUGCAAGAGCUUGAGGCCCGCCUCUUGUCUGCAAAUGUUUUGCUCAGAAGCAAGAUGGUUGACGAG